UAGUCUAGCCAAUUCUAGUCUAUGUGACAGUGAGACACAAAGAGUUAAUCAUUCGUCUGCUUAUAAAAUAUAAAGUAGUUCUGUCAGGCGCCCAGUCAAGCCAACAUGCCACCAGUAGGAAGCGCCUGAAUGGGUGGAGCUAAAUACUGGAAUAUGGUCACAGUGCGGACUAGAGCCAUCAUUCAUUAGCAUGAUACACUUGACCAAUCGCAAGGUUGGGACCAAAUAACGGGACCAAUCUCAAGGCUGGGACCAAAUAACGAGACCAAUCGCAAGGCUGGGACCAAUUCACGGGACCAAUUUCUUGUCUAAAGAUGUAGGUGGCAGCAGCAGAACGUUCUGACCUUUGACCUGACAGUGUCCACUUGUGUGGCUGAGCGUCAAUGACUCCCCGCCAAACGAGACCAUGCACGUCCACUUUGAGCAGAACACGUGCACACGGACAGACUCGAACUUUCUCUCUCUCUCGUGGAUGGGCAAGGUGCCAGAGGACCUGCCCGAGGAGGGGGGAGGCUGGAAGUUGAACCGCGCCCAGUACUACGUAGAGGGGUGGCUGGCCAGUGGCAACGCCCGCGGGGUGGUGGGCGUGACCUUCAGCACCAGUCACUGCCACAAGUACGACGCCCCGCCGAGAUCAAACUUCAACCUCAGAGGGCACCGCAGUGAGGUGAUCCUGGUCCGGUGGAACGAACCGUACCAAAAACUGGCCACCUGCGACAGCCGUGGCGUCAUCUUUGUCUGGAUCAAACACGAGGGACGCUGGUCCAUAGAGCUCAUCAAUGAUAGGAACAGUCAGGUGACGGACUUCGCCUGGUCACAUGACGGCCGUAUGGCGCUGAUCUGCUACAGAGAUGGCUUCAUCUUGGUGGGCAGUGUGGCUGGCCAGCGCUACUGGUCAUCGAUGCUCAAUCUGGACAACACGAGCAUUACAUGUGCCGUCUGGUCACCUGACGACCAGCAGGUGAUGUUUGGGACGUUGGACGGUCAGAUUAUCGUCAUGAGCUCGACUGGAACCCUGGUCACCCAGGUCAGUGUCCACGAGGGCUUUGAGAUCACCAGCAUGGCCUGGAGCUGUGAGCGCUUCAACAUGGAGGAGGCUGAGACUGGGAGGGAGGGGCCAGAGAAAGUGUCUGAUGUCAGUCCCAAGUGUCAUGUACUGGCUGUCUGCUUCAAGUAUGGAGAUAUUUUUCUCAUGUCCAACUAUGAUGACGUGUGCCCAAUUAUGGUCUACACAACAUUAACAGGUGUCAAGAUGGACUGGUCCAACUGCGGGGACUACCUGGCUGUUGGAGGAUUCGUGCGUCUGCCCAACCUGCAGUGCCGCAACCAAGUCCAUUUCUAUUCUAAGGACGGCAGCCUCAUCCACUGGGUCACCAUCCCCUCACAGGGCAAGCCACUGACUGCCAUGACGUGGGGUCACAAUGACAAGCGCCUGUUCCUGGCUGCAGGCUGCCACAUGUACGUGGCCUGGGUCAGCAAACAGGUUGCACCGCUCCAGUUCUUGUGCCAGAGGGUUGUCCAUCAGGUUGUCCGGGCAGAGAGAGCCGUGGAGAAGCUGCCCCUGCCCCAGAGGCUCCGGUGUGGGGUCAAGGCACUUUUCUCUCCCACAAUCAAGAGCUACAUCCCUGACCCACUGCGAUUGAGAGAGUUUGUCUGCUCCCCACCCCCGGGGGGUGAGCGUCUGUUUUGUACCAUGAUCCGUCACGGAGAGGAGACAUCAGGCGGCCACUACACCCUCUACCUGGAGUAUCUGGGUGGUCUAGUGCCGCUGCUCAAGGGCAAGAGGGCCAGCAAACUCCGGCCAGAUUUCAUCAUCUACGACCCAAAGAUCAAGUCUUCUGGGCGAGAACAAUCUCAGGCAGGCGGGAUUGAGAGCGAGUCAAGCUCCGAGUCAGACGCGGAUGUCUACACAGAUGGGUGUGGAUCUCCCAGGAUGCAGAGACGACGACGUCAUAAAGUUUUCAGGGCAGAGAAGGUCAACAGGAGCAUCACAUUCAGGACACUGGACGAGCUCAUGUAUGAUGACAACUUGCCAGAGAACACCCGACUGGUGGAGGUGACGUCCAACAUUUGGGGCACCAAGUUCCAGAUUACAGGCGUGACGUCCUCCCUGCCAGCCUGCCUGGGUCAGGUGGUCUACAAGACGUCUCUGCUGCACCUGCAGCCCCGCCAGAUGACCAUCACCAUCACAGAGAUGACCCCAGCCCGCCAGGCUCUCUCACGUGACCCCAACUUCACCCCAGCUCCUGUCAGUGAUGACGAGGACAGUUUUUGGACAAGUGAAGGGGAUUUGAUUGGCGACAAGAAAACUGUAGAGGUGACAGUACACGACGCGCCAUCAGCUGACGUUAGAGGGGAGAACGGUGGCAUGGAGAAUGGCAACAGGUCGCUGGAGUCCCCCCAGAUAGAAGCAAGUGGCCCGUACACCAACGAUCUGUCCAGCUUGAGCGGCGGCAAGAUGGGCAACUCUGGCACCGUCAGGUCGCGCUCCCUCUCCCCUGUACGCAACUCUCUAACCCAGAGCUCCCCCGCCAUCAAGCAGGAGGGCAGUGACGUCAGGCCGGACAGCUGCAACCAACAGGGGGCCAGACCCAAAUCCAACAAACGCAGCAACAGCCACAGGAACAGCAGCAACAGCGGCAACAUUCCAGCCAGCAGCCCGAAGCUGCCUGUGGCCAAUGGCAAGAGACAGACAGCCUGCACGUCUCUGCUCAGUCACACCAAUGGUGUCCCCCCACAUCCCUGCCCCACCCCCAAUAAAGUGGACCCCACCCUGCCUGUAGGGGUGGGGCACAGUUCUAAAUACAGGAGGGUGGACCUGGUUGAUGUAGACAAAGGGGGCGUGGCUACCAUGAGUCCAGGGGGUGGGGCAUGUGUCAGGGUUGAGGAACAGCAAACAGGCAGCAGUCAGAUGGAGGGCAGCGUGACGCCAUCACGUGAUGACGCGUGUCCCAGGUGGGCGGACCCUGCUGCCCAUGCCGUCAAGGUGCUGGAGGACACAGCAGCAGACGGCUCAGAGCUGCCGUUUGAGAACAACCUUGUGGCAGACUGCAGCCCCACGGCACCAUUUUGUCUAGAUCUACACAGAAGGCUAUAUUUAGCCCAGCACAACAUCGUGGACACUGGUGCUCCCAUCUCACCCAGCAGCUGCCCAGCAUGUCUUCCUGCCCAAUGCCUGGCAGAACCAGAGGUCAGCUUGACAUUUGGCACAGAUCAUCACAAAAUCGUGACACAACAUGCUUGGAAGAACAGGGCCCCUGACAACAGGACCUCUGACAACAGGACCUCUGACAACAGGACCCCUGACAACAGGACCUCUGACAACAGGACCUCUGACAACAGGACCCCUGACAACAGGACCUCUGACAACAGGACCUCUGACAACAGGACCCCUGACCCAGCAGAUGGGCCUGUGAAUAGCAAGGUUGUCCCAAGCGUUGAGGACAGUCAGCCAGUAGCUGAUGUACUGCGCCAAGCUUCUGACAGCGACCUAACCAAAGUUUUAUACUGCAGCAACUGCCUGUCAAACUCUGAAAGCUCACACACGCCAGGGUUCUCCCAGAGGGCCGGCACCAGGCCUAACAUGACACCAGCAUUAGCCAGCCAGCCAGACCCAGCACCCCAUCAGCCACUUCUUCCAUGUCACAGGUGUACCCACCCAACCCAACAUCAGGGAUGGGCGUGUCCACAUGACCCUGCUGACCUCGACCUACAUCUGCCCAAAGACCUGACCUCUCUAGACAAGCUGAACCUUAUCCUUUCUGAGGAGCCAGGAGUGAACUCUGCGCACAACUUCCGGUCUAUGCCAGGAUUUUUCAUGAGGAACCCUGACAUCGUCACGCUUGAGUGCCAGUCUCCUUCUGUGGAGCCAGCUUCACCAGACAACUGUGAGGACAGCUACCCAAUCAACAACUGUGAGGACAGCUACCCAAUCAACAACUGUGAGGACAGCUAUCCCAUCAACAACGAUUACCUCAGUAACCACAUCCAGGACCUGGACAUCCAACAAACCAGUGCCUCACUCCCCUCCUCCCCCAUCCGCUUUGGGGUCAAGCCUGACCCAGCUGCCCAGAGCCUGCACGAGGAGAUCCUGAAGGGCCGGUGUAAGCACUUGAGCCCACUGCUGGGCAGAAAGGGCAGGGACAGCCCUGUCUCUGCCCAGGACGUCUACCUAGGUAUGGAGGAGUUGAAGUUUUCACAGCACUACCAGAACCUUGAGGCCUUUCAGAAAGCUCAGCUCAAGCAGAAGCUCCGGCGACGUGUAAACAGCACCUCAGGGCGCCUGGAGCAGGCCCGAACAUUCACAAUGCACAACAAGGCCCCGCUGUGGAACGAGACCAGUCAGGUCUACCAGCUCGACUUCGGUGGCCGAGUCACACAGGAGUCAGCAAAAAACUUCCAGAUUGAGCUCAGAGGGAAACAGGUGAUGCAGUUUGGUCGAAUCGACAACAACGCUUACACCCUCGACUUCCAGUAUCCCUUCACAGCGGUCCAGGCCUUCGCUGUAGCACUUGCCAACGUCACUCAGCGACUUAAGUGACACGUCACACGGCGACUGACACGUCACCCGGCGACUGACACGUCUGCAUCUAAAGUGACAUGUCAGUGAUUCUAUUUUUUCGGUGUGAGGUCACUCACACAGGUAGGUUUGUUAUUAAGCCAACUUGUUGCUCAUACAGGGGCCAUAACUUGAGUGGCCCAUACAGGGGCCAUAACUUGUUGCUCAUACAGGGGCCAUAACUUGAGUGGCCCACACAGGGGCCAUAACUUGAGUGGCCCAUACAGGGGCCAUAACUUGUUGCUCAUACAGGGGCCAUAACUUGAGUGGCCCACACAGGGGCCAUAACUUGAGUGGCCCACACAGGGGCCAUAACUUGAGUGGCCCAUACAGGGGCCAUAACUUGUUGCUCAUACAGGGGCCAUAACUUGAGUGGCCCACACAGGGGCCAUAACUUGAGUGGCCCACAGAGGGGCCAUAACUUGAGUGGCCCACACAGGGGCAAUAAUUAUACCAGGGCACCAACUUGAAAUGAAUGAAUGUGCUAACUCAAAGGAUAGACCCCAGAGAAUACAAUUACUGUAACAUUUGUACAUUCACUCAUACAUCUGUCAUGUGUGUGUGUGGGGGGGGGGGGGUGUGGGGUGUGUGAUGUUUUAUUUUCUUCACUUCUUACAGAUCAAAUAGGCCAGCAUACAUCUGUCAUCUCAGUCAACACCUUGUUUGUUUCGUUGUUUGGAUGUUGGUUUGUAUGUUUCAUUGGAUGUUGGUUUGUAUGUUUGUACAUUUGUUAGAGAAACCACACACAGCACACCCCCACAAGUGAAUACCCCACAAGACAACACCCCCACAAGACAACACCCCCACAAAACAACACUCCCCCACAGCAUAACCCCCCACAACAUAACCCCCCCCCCCACACAACACACACUGCACUCCCUCACAGCAGACACACAACAUACACACCUCCUUUCAUGUAUUGUCAAAUAUUAAAUGUAUGUCUUAUAUAUUGACCAUAUGGUAUGUAAUAAUUCCCCAUACAGAAUGACAUAUGUUCCAUACGACAUGUCAUAUGUCUCCAUACAACAUGUCAUAUGUUCCAUACGAUGUGUCAUUUGUCUCCAUACGACAUGUCAUAUGUCUAUACGAUGUGUCAUAUAUUCCAUACGACGUGUCAUAUGUCUACAUACGAUGUGUCAUAUGUCACCAUACGACAUGUCAUAUGUCUCCAUAUGAUGUGUCAUAUAUUCCAUACGACAUGUCGUAUGUUCCAUAUGAUGUGUCGUAUGUCUCCAUACAUGUCAUAUGUCUCCAUACGACAUGUCAUAUGUCACCAUACGAUGUGUCAUAUGUUCCAUACGACAUGUCAUAUGUCUCCAUACGAUGUGUCAUAUGUCUCCAUACGAUGUGUCAUAUGUUCCAUACGAUGUGUCAUAUGUUCCAUACGAUGUGUCAUAUGUUCCAUACGACAUGUCAUAUGUUCCAUACAACAUGUCAUGUCUCCAUACGAUGUGUCAUAUGUUCCAUACGACAUGUCAUAUGUUCCAUACAACAUGUCAUGUCUCCAUACGACGUGUCAUAUGUUCCAUACGACAUGUCAUAUGUUCCAUACGACAUGUCAUAUGUCACCAUACGAUGUGUCAUAUGUUCCAUACCACAUGUCAUAUUCAAAACUAGAUGCCAGAGAAGGUUUAAUUUGAUGUGUAGCUGAAAGGUCAAGGUUAUAUGGACAUAGUUGAAAGGUCAAGGUUAUCUGUACAUAGUUGUGAGCUCUAGUUUUUACUGUUUAGCUGUGUACAUUUUUUCAUAAUUUCAAAAUUGUAACAUGUACAUUCUUGUACAUUUUUUGUACACUCUUGUACUCGUUGUUUUGUGGCUCGUAGAUUUGUGUCGAAUCAAAUUACUUUCAAAUUUUUAUUCAUUGGGCUAUUUAUAGAAGUUAUUUUCUUCAGUCCGUGACAAACCUGUCUACAGUGAAUGACGUGACAACCUGCCUACAGUGAAUGACGUGACAACCUGUCUACAGUGAAUGACGUGAUAACCUGUCUACAGUGAAUGACGUGAAAAACCUGUCUACAGUGAAUGGCGUGACAAACUGCGUACAGUGAAUGACGUGACAACCUGCCUACAGUGAAUGACGUGACAACCUGCCUACAGUGAAUGACGUGACAACCUGCCUACAGUGAAUGACGUGACAACCUGCCUACAGUGAAUGACGUGACAACCUGCCUACAGUGAAUGACGUGACAACCUGCCUACAGUGAAUGACGUGACAACCUGCCUACAGUGAAUGACGUGACAACCUGUCUACAGUGAAUGACGUGACAACCUGCCUACAGUGAAUGACGUGACAACCUGCCUACAGUGAAUGACGUGACAACCUGCCUACAGUGAAUGACGUGACAACCUGCCUACAGUGAAUGACGUGACAACCUGCCUACAGUGAAUGACGUGACAACCUGCCUACAGUGAAUGACGUGACAACCUGUCUACAGUGAAUGACGUGACAACCUGCCUACAGUGAAUGACGUGACAACCUGCCUACAGUGAAUGACGUGACAACCUGCCUACAGUGAAUGACGUGACAACCUGCCUACAGUGAAUGACGUGACAAAUGUUUGGUCUCCCUUCCGUUGUAUGCCAACAGGCAACAGAAAUGUGACGUCACUGAUUGGCUACUUUGUCACCAUCACCUCAACAGCUUUCCAAAUGUUCGUCGUUUCAGUUUUAAACUCAACACAGAAACAACCACAUAUAGCCACACCCACAUAGCCACACCCACAUAGCCACACCCAUAUAGCCACACCCACAUAGCCACACCUACAUAACCACACCCACAUAGCCACACCCACAUAGCCACACCCACAUCUAACCCCAACUACUGCAGCAGUCGCCAUCUCAAGUCUUUCUUUUGUUGACUAGGAAUGUGGGCGUGGUCCCCAAAUAACCGACACUUUACUGUAUUUAUUUGUUUCUGACAACAUAUGACAGUCUUUCAUUUGAUCCCUACAACUUACGACAGUUUUGUGUUUUUAUUUGAUUCCGACAACAUACGACAGUUUUGUGUAUUUAUUUGAUUCCGACAACAUGCGACAGUUUUGUGUAUUUAUUUGAUUCCGACAACAUUCCAGAUUCCAACAGUUAUUUCCCUUUUUUCUAUUUUCAUUAUAAAUAAUAAGGACGGUUGGGGGGGGGGGGGGCUUGAGUUAAAAAGGGUUUUGUCAAAAUUUAUUUGCCUUUUAACAACGCAUUUUUAUAAAGUAUUAAAAUUGUUAUUUGUUUUUA